UGACCUUGAUUUUAAUGGAGAGCUUUCUGGGUCUUAUCAAACUUCGUAUCAAAAAAGGCUCUAAUCUCAAAGCUCGCGACACUCGUACCAGCGACCCUUAUGUCUCUGUCACCAUGGGCGAACAGCAACUAAGAACUAGUGUUGUGAGAGGUACCUUAAAUCCUGAGUGGAAUGAAGAGCUGACACUUUAUGUAAAAGAUGUUAACACUCCAAUACUUUUGACAGUUACAGACAAAGACACUUUCACGCCAGACGACAACAUGGGUGAUGCAGAAAUAAACUUAAAGCCAUAUCUUGAGUGUGUGAAGAUGGAGUUAAGUGAUCUGGAAGAGGGUCAUAUAGUGAAGCAGAUUCAACCAGAUGAGACUAACUGCCUCACUGAAGACAGCAACUGCAUAUGGAAAAAUAAUAAACUCAUCCAAGAAAUGACUUUAAGGUUGAGAAAUGUCAAUCAUGGGGAAAUAACUGUGGAAAUUGGGUGGUUAACUCUUCCAGAUUCAAAAGGCUUAUCACAAGUUGAGUUUUAGAAGUGCCUACUUGCCUUAUAACUUUAUAUGUUGUAUUACAUGUGUUACUAUGUAAUUUUGGAGCAAAAUAUAGAAUUUAGCAAGUUACACAAAUAUUGCUACCAAUAAUAAAGAUUUUUAGAAUUUUUCUUUUCUCUAAAGACUUCGGUCAUGUGGUAUUGCCAUUAGUUUAUCUUAUGAAGCUCGUGCUAAACAUCGGUAUUCAAGAGAAAUUUGCAAAGCAAUUUGCACCUUAAACU